CCAGGUUUUAAGUUUGAAGUCCACCAAAAGACCUUGAAGUUGUUGUUCAGGUUGAAGGUGACUGGUUUCCGUUUGAUUUGUUGGUGAUGGCAGUGGUAUGAAUAGACUUACGCUGAAUUUUGAUGAUGUUAAUUCCAAUUGAAUAUGAUGGGAUUACUUCUCAUAUGGUUUUCUUGCACUGUUCUUAAGUCCCUAAACUUUAUUAUUAAGUUUCAAAUUCUCGUAUUUGUUGAGUUAACUACCGCUAUUCAACGUAGGCUCUCCUUUCCAGCCACCUGUUUGUAACAAAGUACCUACCAGCUAGACGGAAACCUGAACACAACUUGUCGUUGCAGAAGAACUUGUGAAAAGCUAGAUAAUGAGGUCAGAAGAACUGGGUCGUCUGAGGAACUACUUCCUGAAAAAUUCUCGCGUUAAGGACUUUUCGGGUUAUGGUGGGAAAAUACAUACUCUCGGUUGGAAUAAUAACGGAUCAAGACUGGCAUCUGGCUCAUCAGACAAACUUGUAAAUAUUUACGCCCUUGAGUCGACGAGAUUGGUUAAGGUGCAUAGUUUCCGAGGUCAUAAUGAAAGCGUAGACCAGCUAUGUUGGCAUCCAUCAGAUGAUGAUGUAGUUGCUACUGUAGGUGCAGAUGGAGCCGUUCGUCUCUGGGAUUGUCGAACGAAGAAAGAUCCUAUCACAGCUCAAUGUAAAGGCGAAAAUAUCAAUUUAGCAUGGUCACCGGAUGCACGCUACAUUGCUGUCGGUAGUAAGACAGACUUGGUUUCAUGGUUUGAUUUACGAGCCGGGUUCAAGGUAGUACAGGCUGAACAGUUUACCUCAGAAAUCAAUGAAUUCAGUUGGAAUCCUAGCGGUGAUGCAUUUCUUUUAACUACUGGACUUGGGAGUAUACUGGUAUACAGUGGUAAACCGGGUGACAUGAAGAGGGAGACAAGUAUACAGGCUCAUCCAGUUAAUGCUAUGUGUCUUCAGUUCUCACCAACUGGUCGCCAAUUCGCUGUUGGCAGUGCAGACGCUUUAGUAUCUAUUUGGGAUGCAGAUGAAUUCGUCUGUUUGCGUACCUUAUCUCGGUUGGAGUGGCCUGUGCGUACAUUGGGAUUCUCUUACGAUGGUAAAUUAAUCGCAGCAGCCAGUGAAGAUCAUUUUAUCGAUAUUGGUUAUGUACAAACAGGUGAACAAGUAUACCAAGUUGGAACACAUGCAUCAGCUACAUUCGUACUUGCUUGGCAUCCUCGACAGUAUCUUCUGAGUUAUUCAAGUGAAGCGAAAUAUGAGCGAGAUCAAGGUGUCAUUCGUUUGUUCGGUUUAGUAAAUGAUGACUUGUAACUACCAGAUAUUGGAAUACAAUGAGGGCUUUAAGUAUGUCAGUUGGAAGUUUCAAAGAACUUUUGUUACUAAUAAAUUUCCAAAAAGUUAUAUAUUGAUACAAGCACAUUCUAAAUGCAGAUACGUAACCUUUUUUCUUAAAAUUAAACUUGUGUAAUGGUGGUUUGGCACUCUCUAAGCUUUUGGGGUAUUUUCUGAUGAAAGUUUCAUUACCAGCCUUAGUGACAUCUUCAGCACAAACUUCAUAAAGGAGUGAAGCAUUUUCUAAUGUUACACGAAUGUUUAGAUAGUGUUUUUAUUGACCUUGGGUUGGGGAAGAAUUAUUUAUCACACCCUGAACUCAACCUAAAUUUCCUUUAGUUUCAUCAUUAAAUGUUUUUCGUUGGGGUGAAAUUGUGGUGUUUGUUGUUGUUACGCUGUGGAUCAUUAUUGAUUUGUUUAGUCAGUUUGCC